CACCUGAUACAACGUUCUAAAUGUUUUCAGCCAAGUCAAAGUUCAUUAUCACUGCUAAAGACACAAAGUAACAUAACGAGUGAAUCCGGUAGACAAUGCAAAGUUUAAUUAGACCGAUCUGCCUUGUCGGUAGCCGCUCUAUCCGACCUCUGGGUGCCUGUUGCCCCACUGCAAUGCCAGACUCUGUUCGUACUAGAAACUGUUCCGACUCGAAGACCAUUUCAGUAAAUCAAGUAAAAUCCCGCGCGCAAGAAGCAGCUAAAGCUCACAACACAACCUUUGGUUUUGAGAAAAUCUCAGCCGAACAGAAGAAAAACCUCGUGAAAGGUGUUUUCGAUUCUGUUGCGUCCAAAUAUGAUCUGAUGAACGAUGUUACUUCGUUUGGGGUUCACCACUGCUGGAAAGAUUAUCUUGUUGAACGGAUUCGGCCUAUACCAGGACAACAGCUUCUUGACGUGGCCGGCGGCACCGGAGAUAUUGCGCUGCGCUUUCUUAAACAAGCGAAAAUUAACGGCCUACGGCUGGGCAUUCGAAGUGAACAAGAUACCAAGGCUACUGUGUGCGAUAUCAGCACAGAGAUGUUGGCGGUCGGAAAAGCUCGCCCUGGAGUCCCACCUGAGCCCCACCUGACGUGGCUGGAAGGCGAUGCUGAAAAUUUACCUUUUGAAUCAGAGAAGUUUGACAUUGUCACCAUUGGAUUUGGCAUGCGUAACGUAACGCAUAUGGACCGAGCCAUGGAAGAGGCACACAGGGUACUCAAAGCUGGAGGACGAUUUUUUUGCCUUGAGUUCUCGCAUGUUGAUAACCCUGUACUGUCUCGAAUAUAUGACCUGUAUUCAUUUCAAGUUAUCCCCGUGAUGGGCCAAUUGCUCGCGGGUGACUGGAAAUCGUACCAGUACCUGGUCGAAUCCAUUCGGAAGUUUCCUAGUCAGGAGGUGCUUGCUGACAUGAUUCGCGAGGCCGGAUUUAAAUGCGUCUCCUAUGAAAACCUUUUCAAUGGCAUUGCGGCUAUACAUGUUGGAUUUAAACUGUAGAGCACGUUCAUGAAAAUUCAACAUAAUUAGACAGGAUCACAACGCAAUCGAGCACGCAGAUGCAUGUUUCAACAGACACAACCGUGCUGUUUUUCCAAUAUCGUCAUAGAAUGUAAGCUCGAUUAGUAACUGACAAGUUAACUAAUCUACUUAAAUCAAUUUACUUAAGUCUCGCAAUAUCUAAGGUGGCCUGUUUAAUGAAGCUCCAUAUUGCAAUAUAUUAUGAAAUAAAUAUAAAUUCUUAAGUAUCGAA